CGUCAGCGUUUGCCGCAUCCUUAGACUCACUCUGGACCAGCCGCAGUCACAGCUGCAGGACCUCUCUGGACCAGCUCGGUCGCAGACUGCGCAAUCACCAGACCACUGCGGCAAACCAGCCCAGCCGAGCCGAACGCUAGCCAUGGCCGACCCCGAGAAGCAGGGACCCGCUGAGAGCCGCGCCGAAGACGAGGUGAUGGAGGGCGCCCAGGGUGGCGAGGAUGCGGCAACCGGCGACAGUGCCGCUGCGCCCGUGGCCGAGGAGCCUCAGGCUCCCGCGGAGAAUGCGCCCAAGCCCAAGAACGAAUUUAUCGAGAGCCUGCCCAAUUCCGUCAAGUGCCGGGUCCUGGCGCUCAAAAAGCUGCAGAAGCGCUGCGAUAAGAUCGAGGCCAAAUUUGACAAGGAGUUCCAGGCUCUGGAGAAGAAGUACAACGACAUCUACAAGCCCCUGCUUGCCAAGAUCCAGGAGCUCACCGGAGAGAUGGAGGGCUGCGCGUGGACCCUGGAGGAAGAUGAUGACGACGAUGAGGAAGAAGAGGACGAGGAGGAGGAGGACGAAGAAGAGGCGGCAGCUGGCGCAACUGGGGGUCCCGACACCGGCAAGAAGUGAACACAGCGGCUGACAGAACUGGACUUGAGACUGAUGAGAGACAGUCAGUUAAAUGUGAAGUGCGUCACACGUUGAAAUCCAUUCAUCACACUACACCUGAACACCCAAGCUAAGACUGAACUCUUCUCCAUGCUUAAUUUCUUCAGUUUCUUUACAUUUCUCAGCACCGAGGAAAAGGAACCCAAGGAAGGCGUCAUCUUUAAGACUUUUGCGUUUGCAAACCCAGACAUCAGCUUGACACUCUUGAGGAGACGUGGCAUGGAGGAAGCCUGGGCAGAGUGACACGACUGGCUAGGGAAACUGGAAUUUAAAGUUAUGGAAAAUGUUUUGAAUAUCUGAAUUUAAGAAAGAACACGGUUGCAAGACAGAGGGUGUAUUACAUGUAUAAUAUUGUCAACACGUGCUCACUUGUGGUCUCAUGUUUUCGGUUCUCUUGGUAGUGUUUGUUUAUGAAAUCGUAAAAAAUUACCCCAAAAUGUUUUAAGUAGUAAACCACCUUAGAGCAUUUUAGAAAUAUAAUUUACUUGAAGAGAUGUAGAAUGUAGCAAUUCCGUAAAGCAUGUGUAUCCAGUGUUGCGUAGUUUGACCUUUGUGAAGUCUUUUUGUCUUGUAGCUUUUAGCAAGUAGCUGUGAAAACCAUCAGAACCCCUCAAUGAAGCUAAUGUUUGGAAAAAAUAUAUACUUGAAGAAUCAAUCCAAGUGUGUAUCCCCACCCCCAGCUCAGAAAUAGAAAGGGUUUAAGUUUGCUUGUAUUAGCUGUGCCUUCAUUAUUUUGCUAUGUAAAUGUGACUUAUUAAAUGGUGCAUAAUCAUUUUUAUUGCUUAAUUAAGGAAGAAGGACAUAUAGGAAGGACUUCUGGGGAAGGACAUUUAAUGUAAAGGCCUUUAGCUUCUUUGUGGGUUUUGAAUUAUCUGUGAAUCAAUGUUCUGUAAGAGUACAAACAUAAAGUUGUUUACCACUGUGGUGUUAACAAAACAGUAUUUUCAAAAAUAAAAAGACUUGUUAUUCUGA